AUGCCUGAUACCCCUGAAAAGGAGAAUGCAGACCUUCUCCCUCGUUCCGGGCCAUCCAACAGUCGGCAGUGCCCGUUCUGCGCAUCCACGUUCUCACGGGUCGAUGCUACCCGACGUCAUGCUCUCCGAUGCCCCAAGAGACAAGGUCGUGCACUGCAGCUUAAAACACGCGGUCGUCGAGCGCAAGCAUGUGACGAAUGCUCCCGGUUGAAAGUGCAUUGCGAUCGCCUGCUUGACAAAGCUUGCCAGCGCUGCGCGUCGCGAAAGCUCAAGUGCACAUUCGAUCAGGCUCGGGCUAGUACCACUCGCUCCCAACCUCUACAGGAAGAGACAUAUCGCCCACGUAACCUUGAGAGUCGACGUGUAUCCUUGUCGUUCUUGCUCAGCUCUACAGACGAUAAACAGGACUUCGUCAUUGAAAAGGCGAUCGCGGAAGAGCCUGAUCGCACCCUGCUUGGACCGACAUGUCUAUCAACACAGGACCAAAGCCCAAGUGAUAGCUUGUGGGACCUCGAUCUUUCGCAAACGUCACCGUUCGACCUUGACAUCUUGCUCAUGCCUCCGGAGCUGGAUGGCCUGUACUCGACUGAAGAUCAAUGCCUCGUGGACGUGAUGGCGUUCCCUAAGCCUUGGGACGCCUUGCUCUCAAAUCGCAUCGAUAUGCUGCGGUCAGAGCUCUCCCAAUACUCGAAAUCUCGUAUCUUUGGCACUGGCCCCGAUCGGGACGACUUUUCCGCGUUCUUCAAUACCACGAAUGUGCAAUUCUUUGCAAUGACAUUCUGUCGCAAGCGACAUUAUCAGUAUCCCAUCAUCCACUGGCCGACACUCAUGCUUGAAGAAGUGCCCCUUCCGUUGCUGCUGGCCGUUUCCCUGACAGGAGCGGCUUACUCGCUGUCCAAAGAGCAUGGAACCAAGCAUGCUGCUGGCGCCCGGAAGUUCUAUGCAAUCGCUGAUGUAUAUAUCUUUGACCAGCUGGAUGCAGCCUUGGCUAGGGAGCAUGAUGGGAAGUAUCGCUUGCAGCUAUGCCAAGCGGCGCUGCUAAUGUACGGGUUGGGGGUAUUGUUGUCAAGCGAUUCAUCAAUGCAACAAACCGCGAUCACCAAACGACUUCCAACGCUGAUACCCACAUUGAGGAAGCUGGACCUUAUUGGGUGUCGACAUGACGCUUCUGAAGAUUGGGGCCAGUUCUUGCACCGUGAGCAGAUCAUCCGACUUGUCGCCUGGACCUACUGCGCAGACUGUCUUGCCACGUUGGUAUCGAACAAACCUCCAGGCUUCUCACUAUUGGAAAUGUCUGGCGACCUUCCUUGUGACCCUGCCACGUGGGAAAUCGACACUGCCUUGCGGUUUGAGUCGUUGGAAUGCCAAAGGAAACCUCCUCGACCUACUCUGGUGGAGCUGAUGACGGGUUUCCUCAAUGAUGAUCCUAUCGGCGACUUCAAAAACGUACCCACGUUCCAUUUGCAUGUCGUCCUGUGUGCUUUUCAGCAUCACGUCUACAACCUGCAUGUCACAAUGGCUCUUAUCGACCAGUCGCUAAAGGUCUUGAAGGCCCUGUCCACCUGGCGAAGACUCUGGGCAAAUGCUAUUUCUUCGCUUUCGGAUGGAGAUCGACAGUGGCUCGGCGUGGCAAAGCAUGUCUCUGAUCUGGAGUAUCUGACCCAGCGAAUAGUCGAGGUGGCCGUCAGCCCUCAGGCUGCUUCUUCUCCUUACUUGCGACGAAUCCCGUCUUCUGGUGCGAGGAUCGUUCACGAGUUUAUUCGAGACUACGUGUCAGUUGAGGAGUGA